AUGACUGAGGGCAGCCGCGCACCGUCUCUGCCACCCGGAGUCGCCGCGCCUCUGACGGCCAACAACCGCGACGACCGCAGCGGCGUCAUCGUUGUCGUGUCAGCUGUGUCCUUGAGUGUCGCUCUGGUUUUCCUGGGUAUCAGAGUGUAUAUCCAGAAGGUCCGGCGGACAAUCAAGCUGGAUGAUAUCCUCUUGCUUUGCGCCACCCUUAUAUUUUGCAUCCAGUCGUCGUUUGUCUUCUCCCAAGUCCACAAUGGAUGGGGCAAAAGGGAAAGGCUUCUCCAGGCCCAGCGCCGUGAUACUAUGUUGAAGGAUGCAUACGUCAGCGAUUUGCUCUAUAUCUCUACUCUCUACGUCUCCAAAUGCUCCGGCUCCUUCUUCUAUCUUCGCAUAUCACCCGGUCGAACGCUCAGCCGUGCCGUCUGGUGCGUGGUUUUGCUUACGACCUUAUGGCUUAUUGCGAGUGUAUUGCUCGUUGGUUUGCGAUGCAACAUCAGUGUUCCAUGGACCGACGUUACUGCUGAAUGUAGUUCGCUGUUUCCGCGAUGGGCAGUCAUCUGUGUGUUUGACGCUAUCAUCGAAGUAGCUAUUGCUGGGAUUUCUAUAAUUCUUGUUCGUGAUAUUCAAAUCGCAUACCGGCGGAAAGUCCAAAUAAUAUUGGCCCUGAGCUCACGCGUGUUCGUUAUAAUCCCGGCAACUCUACGUUUAUACUACCUUCAUCAGCAGCUUCUCUCCGUGGAUCCUACUUACGACUGCACGUAUGCCACUCUUUGCACACAGAUACAACUGGUUUAUAUCCUUUUAGCCAGCACUGUCCCUUGCCUAAAGCCCUUUUUAGCUGCGUACGAGGGGUCUGAUGCCAAGUUGACCUUUCGAGGUCACUCCGGCACUCCUCGUGACUCCAAGCUGUCCUCACGAGACGAAGAAAAGGACGGCGUUGGUAGGAUCGACGACGAUAGUGAAGAUCGUGGCAGGUAG